CGCCACAAUUUUGCAGUAUUCAGCAAUCUGCAAUUUGGAAGUUGUCGUUUCGUUUGAUUUCUUCGGCUUCAAAUUAUCGACGAAGAAAUGCCAAUUUUCCCAAUCUCACUCGCAAUUUCAAACCCUCCUCGACCACCGCCGUUAUUCUCUUUCUCUCAGUCCAUAACUGGUUCAAACCGCCUUUUGUACUUUCCCAAUGGGAUACGGACCGCUACGAAGAUCACGACGCUUAUUCGAAUGGGUGGAGGUCCAAGAACUUAUCCAGGCGGAGUGUCGAAGUGGCAGUGGAAGCGGAUGCAGGCUAAGAAAGCUAAGCAGUUGCUCAAGGCCCGGUUGUGUCGCGAACGCCAGAUAUAUGAGAUGCGUAAGCGGGCUGAACUUAAGGCGGCUGUGUCCGAGCUGGAGAGGCCGUGGGAGGUUGUGGAGAAGGCUCCCAAUUUGUUCUCUGUUGGCGCCGAUGAGCAGGUGAAGGUCUUGGCGGAUAGGUUUCAGAGGCCCGGUGGAUUCGAUUUGUGGACGGAAAAAGAUGGGCCUCAAUUGUUUGAGACGGUUGAUGAACUGCCUUCCGCAAGGUUUUUCCCGAAAGGGGUGGUUCACAGUGUAAAGCCGUACAGAAGUAUAACAGGGUCGGAGGGUUCUUCGAGUUUGGAUUCCGAAGAUGGAAAUGAAAUUGGAACUAGUUUUCAAGAAGACGAUUUAAAGACUCCCCGGAGGUCUUCUAACCGGAAAUUAAGAAUUGGGUCAGUGAGUGAAGAAAAAGCUAAUUCAAAUUACUCUGAUUAUUAUCCGAGGAGUUCCUCGGUUCCAUCAAGUAGUAAUGGUCAAAAAGGAAAGACAUACGAGGGUAAAUUCAGGAAUCGGGAAAAGGGAAGAAACCUCCAGUCUUCUAAGAGAUCUUCGAGCUUGGGCUCAGAAGCUGGAAAUGGAAUUGAAACUAGAUUUCAAGUAGAUGAUUUUAAGACUUACCGGAGGUCUUCUAACCGGAAAUUGAGAAGUGGGUCAGUGAGUGAAGGAGAAGCUAAUUCAGAUUACUCGGAUACAGAGGAUUAUUAUCUGAAGAGUUCCAUGGUACCAUCAAGUAGUAACAAUGGUCGUAAAUUCGGGAGUCGGGAAAAUGGAAGAAACCUCGAGUCUUCUAAGAGGGAGUUGAAUUCAGGACAAAUUGGAUUGGAUAGAAGACAAAGGGUUCCUAGUCCUCAGAUGCAUAAUGGUAAUAGACAGUAUGGAAAAGGCAAGGAUUCGAGGCGAUCCAAGGGUUCAUAUUCUGAAGUUUAUGACAUGAGUUUGGAGCAGGAUGGGAGUUACAGAUUCAAACCGAUGAAAACUCGGUCGAACUGAGUCCAGGAGCUCAUAUUCUGAAGUCAUUGUAGUGCUGCAACCAUAUUGGCUGAAGAAGAAAACUUCAACUUGAUUGUGUUAUGGAAUUGCUGCAGUUGAGCUGGAAAGGCUGAUAAUGUCUCAUAGGAAGGAACACAGUAUUGCACAGCAGCAUAAAUACUAUUACAGAGAACUUCAGCCAUCCAUUCGAGCUGCACUUGUUUGAUGAUGGUACUUAAAUGUGCUUAGCCAGAUAAAUUGGAGAUAGCAUUAUCAACAGGGAUGAAGAUAACUUUGGCCAAAUAUAGGUGCUGUAAAAAAAACCUCAAGGGAUGGAAUUGCUUUCCCUGGGCAUCAUUGCUAUAUUUACUAACUCAGGUACCACUAUUCUUCAAUAUUUUUCUAGCUUCUGUAGGGUUUUUUUAGCUUUCUUAGAAUUGUUCAGUUGCUGUAGAUUUGUUGAUAAGACCAAAGUGAGAACUGUUUUCGUUUUCUUUCGGUUCUGGUUCAUUUGAUGCUAUGCUUUGUUCUUGCUGUCUUCUUGGUCGAAAAGCUAUAUUCUACCCAUUUUUGUGAUAGUUCUUUCCCAUUUAUUGGUCCAAUAAGAUCAAGUCUUCAUGGUCAACCAUCAUAAUCGAUUUAAUCUUCUGGUUUCCACAUGUUUUAACUAAGUGUCCACUCGAAUAUAGCUUAGUGGAUUUUAGGUUUCCAUCACAAAACGCCACUAGUGCUACAGUCACAAUAGUUCUAUGGUUAGCUGAGAAGUUUUUUUUGCAAAAUAGUUUUGUCAUUGGCUUUUUGAUAACUUGUUGACUUCGGCAGAGGUGGGCGGCUAUUUCAACCUUUUCACUUGUUCAUAAUCUUCUUAUACAUUUUCUCCUCUUUUACUCCCCUUUAAACACUUGUGGCAAGAACACAUCCAUUUUUCCAAUAGUUUCGUUCAUAGAAUUUGAAAAGUGCUUCCGUUAUCUAAAUAUGCUAUUCACGGUUCCAAAUUUGAUAUUAAACUCAUCCUCGAUCAUUGUUAGGAUCUAUAGAUAUGUUCAGAGUAUUGAUAAGAUUGUUAUCUGUUUGAAGAUAUAGUACUAUUAGAACACACAUGUAAUGCAGUAAAACUUCC